UGCCCGCCACAAAGAGUCGCUAGAGCGCGAUGGGACAUGGACAUCCCAGCCGGCCAAACCCGCUGGGUCUCCCGGUCGUGGCUGGCUGCGAUGUGUUUUUUUGUGUGUGUAGACACCUCAAUAAUGUACAAGGUACUGUCUGGAAAACUAAGUUGUUUAAACACCUCCAAACAGAAGGGGCGAAAUCGUUCAAUUAUAUUGCAAUUGGCUUUGAGACAGGGCAUGCACCACCGAAGAAGAACACCCGGAAGUAAAAGUAUUGUUAAGAAAUCUCAGAUGGCGCGAUUCUUCAAAAACGUCAACAGACUUUGAUACAUCAAGAUUAAUCUUCUAAAACGAGUGACAAUUGUAUCGAAAAUGCCCUUGUCUACUCAGUCUCAGACUGAAGGUGACAACUACGUCCUUGUAGCUAGUCUGGACAAUGUCCGGAAUCUGUCCAACAUCUUGAAAGCUAUCACCUUCAAAGAUCAUGCAAUUUUCAAUGCCACACCAAACGGGUUGAAAGUCACUGUGGAGGACUCUAAAUGUCUGCAAGCCAAUGCCUUCAUUCAGGCUGAGAUCUUCCAGGAGUUUACCAUCAGAGAGGACUCAGUGGGGUUCCAGGUCAAUCUGACCGUUCUUCUGGACUGUCUCACCAUCUUCGGGGGAAGCACAGUACCAGGAGUGGCCACUGCCUUGCGGAUGUGCUACAACGGAUAUGGCUACCCCCUGACCCUGUUCCUAGAGGAGGGUGGUGUGGUGACGGUGUGUAAGAUCAACACCCAGGAGCCAGAGGAGCCCAUAGACUUUGAGUUCUGCAGCACCAAUGUGACUAAUAAAGUCAUCCUGCAGUCGGAGAGUCUGAAGGAGGCCUUCUCUGAGCUGGACAUGACCAGUGAGGUCCUGCAGAUCACCAUGUCUCCCAGUCAGCCAUACUUUAGGUUGUCUACCUUUGGGAAUUCUGGGAAUGCCCAUUAUGAUUACCCAAAAGAUUCUGACAUGAUGGAGCUGUUUCAGUGCACAAAGACUCAGACUAACAGGUACAAGAUGUCUCUCCUGAAGCCGUCCACCAAGGCCCUGGCUCUAUCCUGCAAGGUCUCGGUGAGGACAGACAGCAGAGGGUUCCUGUCUUUGCAGUACUUGGUCAGGAAUGAUGAUGGACAGAUCUGCUUCGUUGAAUACUACUGCUGUCCGGAUGAGGAAGUGGAAGAGGAGUAUGGAGAAUAGGAAUAUUGUUGUACAAGAAUACGAGGCUCAAAUGUUUUAGAUGUUAUUCUAAAGCAAAACUUGCCUCUUUUUUUUCCAGUUGGCCCCGUUAUUUGGAUUGUAUUCUUUGACUGUGUUAUUUGUAAAUAGUGUUGGCUCUGGUACAUUUUAAAAUGAAAAUGAUUAAUUGCUAAUAGUUUUUCUCAAUUAGUUUUUUGGUUUGCUUUCUGUGAAUUAAUGCUGCUCUCCCAUUGUUUGGAAGUUUACAAGGAACUUGAAACAAUAUUUAUAUAAUCAAAAUAUUCCUUCACUUUUGAUAAAUAUGUGAACAUUAGUAUUGACAAUAAAUGUAAAACUGGUGCUACCACUGUAAA